ACCAAACCAAUUUUAAAAACCCUUAAUAAUCGCCAAAAUCCCAUUAACAUUUUACAAUAUUCCGACGAAGAAGAGCAGCAAUAAAAUCGAACCAUCAAAAUCGCUAAUCCGAACGGCAGCGAUCCAUGAAGUGCCGUCGCUCCAGAAAACAAACAGACACUUAAGGCCGUUCGCAUCACCUGAAGCAUUGACUUUCUUUCGUUGUUUUUGUUGCCAACAACAAUAACAAGAACAACUGUUAUGGCGAAGAAAGCACAUAUAAGAAUAUAGCAAAACUUACGAAAGAAAGGUAAAGCUAUGUGUGUCUGUGUGUGCUAAAACGAUACAAAUAUUGAAUUUUAAUCAAUAAAAAAUCGAAACUAUAAGAAGACACGAAGCCUUUUCCAGUGCAAACAUUUCAACUGGGCAGGUGAAAGAGCUCAGUUGUGUAAAAAGAAAAGAGUUGUAAAACAAAAAUUAAAAUAAAAAAAUAUUUCCAAAAAGUGUAGUAAAAUAUAAUGAAAUUCUUGGUAGUUUGCACCCUACUUUGGGUAUCCGCCCAAGGACAAUAUGUCUAUGAGCCACCUCAAGCUCAAACGGCCCAAGUGCAACGUUAUGAUGAAACCGCGGCAGAGAGUUUUGAUCAAGUUUUGGGUGCCUUUGAUGUUGAUAUUGGCGAGAGUGGUUUCGGCAAGGCUAAGCCUCAACGCUAUAACUGCAAAAGCAAAUGCUUCUGUGGUGCACCAAAUGGCAAUCGCAUUGUUGGUGGCACACAGGUGCGCCAAAACAAAUAUCCCUGGACAGCCCAACUGUUAAAAGGUCGCCAUUAUUUGCGUCUCUUCUGUGGUGGCUCUUUGAUUAAUGAUCGCUAUGUGCUGACUGCUGCCCAUUGUGUCCACGGUAAUCGUGAUCAGAUAACAAUCCGCUUAUUGCAAUUGGACAGAUCAUCUCGGGAUCCUGGCAUUACCAGAAAGGUUGCCCGCACCAUUGUCCACCCACAAUACAAUCCCAACACCAUUGCCAAUGAUGUUGCCUUGUUGAAAUUGGAGUCCCCCGUACCCUUCAAUGACAAAAUCCGUCCCGUAUGUUUGCCAGAUGCUAAUCAAAACUUUGAUGGCAAGAAUGCCGUUGUUGCCGGUUGGGGUCUAUUGAAGGAGGGUGGUCAAACAUCCAACUAUUUGCAAGAAGCUACUGUUCCAAUUAUUUCCAAUCAAGAAUGUCGUCGCACCAGAUAUAAGAACAAAAUUCAAGAUGUUAUGCUAUGCGCUGGUUUGGUGAAAUCGGGCGGCAAGGAUGCCUGCCAAGGUGACAGUGGCGGUCCAUUGAUUGUUAACGAGGGUCGUUUCAAAUUGGCUGGUGUUGUUUCCUUUGGCUAUGGCUGCGCCCAGGUUAAUGCUCCUGGUGUUUAUGCCCGUGUUACAAAAUUCUUGAGCUGGAUUGAAUCGAAUACCAAGGAUGGUUGCUACUGCAGUGCUUAA